AUGAACUGGUGCCGGUGUCUGCUUCUGCUGUCCGGGGUGUUGGCGGUUUGUGGCGCACCGGGAAACGGCCAGAAUGAAACGCCAGAAGCGCGUGUGACACACUUGGACUUGCUGCGACGGUUAACGAGUCUGCGCGGGGUUGACAUUCGGAAAAAUCUUCGAUCACUGCGGGAGCUCGCCAUGCAGCACGGGCUUAUUAGGGCGAGUGGCGUGAACCGUACCAGUGUUGUGGCAAGCAGAGAAGAGCAAUCCGCCGAGAUGGAAGAAUCGUCGCAGGAGACCGCGUCUGAACCGGGUCAGGAUCUAACGGCCACCGUAGAAGGUCGUAAAAAGGGUGGCGGCGGCGGCGGCGGAAGUAACAACAUCGUUGUGGCCAAUGGUGGAGGUGGCGGCCUCGGUGGACACGACGACAUUUCCAUCAGCAUCGAAGACGGUGGCAACAAGAAGGGAAAACGGGGCAAGAAGGGCAAGAAGGGCAAGAAGCACCGCAGGCGGAAGCGUAAGGGCUGGAAGAAGCACAUGAAGAAGGCGGUCCCGAUCGGUGUGGGCAUUCUGGCGCUGAAGGCGUUACUGCUACACUUUCUGCUAAAGAAGCUGGUGAUGGCCACGGCGCUGUCGCUGCUGCUGAGCAAGAAAUCGUUGCUGGUGUCUUCGCUGAUCGCGCUCAAACUUCUGCUCCAGCAUCCGCACACGAACGACAAGAGCGAGAGCAGCAAGCUGGAGGUGGUGCAUAUUCCGAUACGCAAGGAGACCGGCUUCCACAAGAAGCACCAGCAGCAGAAGUAUGCGGCCGGCAAGCUGAAGCAACUGGCUCCACCGGCGGCCCCGGCCAGCACGGCGAAGCCAGCGAUCGCGUUCGAGCAGUUCGAGCAGUUUGUCGACCAGCACCCAAUCCAGCACGCGCACCAGCAGAUGGCGGACUUCGGCGGCAAGUACAUCCCGCUCGGUUACGAGACCAAUCACUUUCAUUUCGACGCUACACCGACCUCGUUCAAUGAGGCGCUGGGAGGUGCACAGAACGUGGACCAGUUCUUCGACGACACCGACGAGUUGCAGUUCGACCGGAAGGACGGAUGGGACGGCUGGAGCGGCUGGAAUCGCGGCGAGGAGCCCAAGCGAUACCAGGGACACGAAGCCGGUUACGGGUGGGAUGAUUACGGUCCGCAGCCCCAGGAUUAUCAACAGCCCGCGCCCGCGUCAUCGUACAACUCGUACCAGGAGCACCAACAGCAGCUGGCAUUUGCCGGCAACCGGAGCAAAUACGGAGCGGUUCUGGACGAGUAUGGCGGUGUGGCCGGUGGGCGCCAGCAGACGGUCAACAGGAGAAAGCGAAAGUUCUAA